UUGAUGAAAUGCCAAUUAAUAUUUACAUUUUAUAUCGUCUUAAAAUGAGUGAAUUUAGGUAGUUUAUUAACGCAAGCUUUACGAUUUCGAAAGAUUAAGGUCUAAUUCUACUUAGACUCACCUUGUCAUAAUUCAGAAUGAGUGAAGGCAGGGACACUUCAGUGAAGUCACCCACACUUGGGUCAUCGGUCUCGGAUGAUACCCCACUUGAGAGCCCGAGGUUGGGCCCAUUUGAUGCCGCCCAGUCCCAGAAGCUUGAAGGGGUGUCACAGAUACAUGCGGCAGCUGUCAACGGGGACAAGGCAUGGCUUGCAAGAGUCCUUAUGUCAAACACAGGUACCGGUGUGAUCGACUCUGGUGACCAAUUCGGCCGAACCCCGCUGAUGUUCUGUGUCCUGGCCGACCGUCUAGAGUGUGCUGAACUCCUAUUGAAGGCCGGAGCUCAGACCAACCAAAAGGACAAAGGCGGUCGCACAGCACUUCACUGGGCUGCUCACAAGGGCAAUGUCAGACUGUUAAAGCUGGUGCUAUCAAAGGGCGCUGACUGUCACCAGAAGGACAACGAAGGCCAGACAGCCUUGCACCUCUGUACAAGACACAAGUCACCCAAGUGUAUGACCCUGUUGCUACGGCAACUGUUGCCAGGGGAGAUAGAUGAUCAGGAUAGGAAUAAGAGGACAGCCUUGCACUGGGCAGCCUCGUACGGCAACCUGGAACAUGUUAAGAUGCUCAUCAAACAGGAUUCCAACAUUGGCAUACCAGACAUAGAGGGGAAGACUCCUCUACACUGGGCCGCCAGCAGUAAAGACCCGGAGGCUGUCAACUGUGUCAAACUUAUAUUGGAUACAACACCGAGUGUUAUCAACUGGCAGGAUUACGAGGGGCGUACAGCUCUACAUCUUGCAGUGGCUGAUGGAAACAUUGCUGUUGUCAAGGCAUUGGUUGCCGUGGACAACUGUAAUGUAUCAGCUCUAGACAACAUGUUCAGAACCCCGUUACAUUGGGCGGCAGUUUUAGGCCAUUCAAAGAUUGUUUCUCUACUACUUGAUAACCAUGCCGACUACUCCAGUUCCGACCAGAACGGUGCUACCCCACUACACUACGCAGCUCAGAACAACUUUGAUGACACUGUUGAAGUAUUCCUUUCCCGAGCAACCGUGACUGACGAAACAGAUGUCGAGGGCAGGUCGGCCUUUAUGUGGGCCUCGGGCAAGGGUGCAGAUGGUGUGGUGUCAAUGUUCAUCAAACACAAUGUCGACAUACAACAGGUCGACAAAAAUGGCGGAACUGCCCUUCAUGCAGCAGCCCUGUCAGGCCAUGCCUCUACAGUUAAACACCUGCUAGACCAUGGUGCCUUAAUAGAUGCAACAGACUUUAUGAAGCACACCCCGCUGUUUCGAGCAUGUGAGAUGGGACACACCGAUGUUGUACAGACUCUUAUAGAUGACGGGGCCCGAGUUGAUAUGGUAGACGAGGAUGGCAGGUCUCCUCUGCACUGGGCUGCCCUGGGUGGCCACGCCUACAUCUGUCAGACCCUGAUCAAGUAUGGUGUGGACCCCAACAUCAAAGACUCCUCAGGUCGAACCCCAAUUCAGUGUGCUUCAUAUGGAGGGUAUGUCAAUUGUAUGUCUGUCUUGAUGGAACACAAGGCAGACCCCAACGCUCACGAUUGCGAGGGUAUGACGGCUCUCCACUGGUCGUGUAGUAAAGGACACCUGGACGCUGUCAAACUGUUGAUAGAAUACCGCACAUUUCCAAAUCACAUGGAGUUUACAGAAGACAGGUACACGCCUCUGGACUACGCCUUGAUGGGAGAGCACCAUGAGGUGGCCCAGUACAUGCUAGAACAAGGGGCGCUUUCCAUUACAGGCAUCCAGGACAUAGCUGCCCUUAAAAUCCAGUCUGCAUUUAGGGGAUACCGGGUUCGGAAGACUUUCAAGGAAAACAAACGACUACUUAUGAAGCAUGAACAGCUCAAGAAGGAGGCUGCAAGGAAAAGGGCGACGGAGGAGUUCCGUAAGAAAGAAGACAGCAAACAUCGACGAGAGGUGGAAGACAGGUUACGCAAGACAUCGCUUUUAGGAGGCUCAGCAAAAUCUAAAACAGAGCCGGAUAAAUCGCGGCGUGAACAUCCGCGGAAGUCAAGGAAGGAGGCUCGAGAGGAGGAAGAACAUGUGUUACGGAAGCGGAAACAGACGCAGGUCGUUAAGCAGACGGAGAACACAAGACUACACGAUUUUAGGCGGAAACAGUAUGCUGCCAUGAGGAUACAGAAGGCUUGGAGAAACCACAAGAUGCGUUCAUUUGCAAUUCUUCUAACAGCGAAGCAGGCUGUCAAAAAAAUGAGGCUGAAACAAGGUGCCGAGGAAUUCCACAAACAGAUAGCUGCCGUCACUAUACAGCUGGCAUGGCGGAAAUACAUCAGACGGAAGCUGUUACAGUCUCUCUCACCCAACAAGCGCCAGUUACGGAUGUGGGACCCAGAACUUGUGGCCAUGAAACAGCGGGCCCUCGUCUCACAGAUAUAUGGUGAACAGAUAGAUGCCCCAUUCUGGCAUCCCAACAUGUAUCGACCACAGCGGCCGUACUGGACAAAACUGGCGCCAUCCUCCGCAGCGUUGUCCUACAACUUUGCCAUAGACCAGUACCACCCCCUGGUGGCAAAGAAAGGCUGCCUGCCGUCCCCAUUCCUGGACGAGCGUGGACAUCCAAAGGAAUUUCUCUGGCAGAUGAUUGAUGAGGAUGAAUUACAAGGUCAGCCUUCAAGUGCGACUAGGAAAAAAGUCAGCUGAGCCUGGUGAAGCUUGAAAGUCAGUCACAGUCACGUAACUACUCCUAUAACAUGAACAGAUAGGUAACCAAGGAAACACACAACCUUCUGUUGCCAUGGAAAUGUAAAACAUUCGGUUACCUUGGUUAUAAUCAUCCUUCCGUCACCAUGAACACAGCCUGCCUUCUGCAAGAAUGACCAAUCUUCUGUUGCCAGGGAAAUGUAAUACAUUCUGUUACCUUGGAUACAAUCAUCCUUCUGUCACUGUGAACACAGCCUGCCUUUCGUAAGAAUGACCAACCUCCUGUUGCAGUGGAAACAAACUUUCUGUUGCCAUGGAAAAAAACAACAUUUAGUUGUCAUGGAUACGAUCAACCUUCUGUAAUCAUGGAAACAAUCAACUUUCUCUUGCAAUGAAAAAGACCAGUCUUCUGUUGCCGCGGAAAAAAACACUUCUGUUGCUAUGGAAAUGACCAACCUUCUGUCAUCAUGAAAACAUUCAACUCCUAUUGUCAUGGAAACAAUCAAACUUAUGUCGUCAUGCAAAUUACCAAUCUUUUAUUGGCCUUCUGUUAAAGGAAAUAGAUUGUCUGAAGACAGAACUGUUUUUCUCCCACCUCAGAUAAGUAGAUCCAAUAAUUUAACCAUGCUAGAUAUUCUUAUCUUGCCCCCGGGCGAAGAUAAAAUGCCCAUAUGGAACUCCUUUUUAAUUGUCACCACAUUGUAAUUACCUCCCUUGUUGAAGACUGUCGUCAGUAGCAUCAAAGAAAUUUCUCUUAUGGUAAUAUUUAGAUCGCUAAUUAAUUAUUUCUCUCUUCAAAUGUCACCAUAAAACAGUUUUCACGCACCAUUCAAUAAAUAAUGCUCACUCUCCUUAGAACUAUUUAAAAAGACCGAUUUGACUAUUAACAUUAACUGGAUCACUGCGCACGUAUCCAUGAAGACCACGUGCUAUCGCAUAUCCAUACGCAAUUAUUUUCACUAAGCACAAAUAAGUUCCAGCAAAAAAUACAUUUUUACUUAAUUUUGUUUAACUUAGGUGGGAGAAAAAGCAUCUACCAUAGCCGCUCGUGUAAGAUAGGUUCAUCCCGACCCUCGCGCAGGGUGUUUUGCGGAAACUCGGUAAACCUCGUUUCUGCAAAAUACCCUACGCUUCUAUCUAUCUUACACUCUCGGCCAUGGAAGAUACUUAUAGUCUGUGUUUAAGUUAGAGAUCUGUAGCAGCUUGUUUCCAUACAGUUACUCCUUAGCAAAGUGUAUUCACAAGCAUGUAUGUGUGAUUUGUUAAUAUGUUAUUUAUGCAAUUUGUGUGUAAUCAAUUAAAAACAAUUAGUUUUAUGUUUGUCAUAAAUUGUAUAACCACACAACAAUAGUAUUAGAUUUCUAUCAUGGCAGCCAUACUUGCUGAGGAACAAUAUUUGUGUAAUUGUUUCCAUGGUUACAAUUGUAUAAGAAUGUGUGGGUAUAAUUUAAAGAAUUUACUUGAGUGCUCAUUUUCUUAGAUUGGAAACUUAAACAAUACAUCAGCUUUAUGAUUCAUUGUUUAAAUUGUCUUAAAUGUCUAGUGUGUUUAUGUUUGUUUAAGGGAAGAACAAAUAAAAGGUUUUUCAUUGU